CCUGGUGAUCUGUCAGUGCGACACACGUAACGUAAGCUAAGGAAUACGAUAAGGAAGCAUUAAACCGGCAACCUUCCACGGCGAUGUGAACGACGGUGCGUUGGGUAAGACCUGCUCAUUAGAACCUUGAACCACCUCCUGAGUGACGUGUCCCCAUCCAAAGACAUGGCAGAGCAAGACACAGAUCACCACCACAAAGCAGAAGGCAAGGAAGAAGAAACACAGCCCACAAACAUGGAUCGUGUCUCACCAUUUGAUGAGAGCAAACAGAAGGAGACUGAUAUUGCUCUGAAUCUAAAGCAGCAGCUCUCAGAUGAUUCAGCUGCAUCAUUUGCACCCAUGGGCAGUGAGACAAACAACGACAGUGGUAAAGACAUGGAGCAGCAUGAUGUUAAAAAAGAAUCCUCACCUUCAGAUGAGGACACGAUGCUGAACAUUAAGGAGAAAAGCACCCUGUCUCAGGCUGAUGAAGAAAGUCAUGGUGAUUACAACACAGAGAAACGAAGAAAUGAGCAACUCAACAUGACAGCUGAGGAGAUUUCCAAAGACUCUUCAGCUCCAGAUGUGAACACAGUGCUGAAUGUGAAGGAGAACAGCCCCGCACUUCAGGCUGAUGAAGAAAGUCAUGGUGAUUAUAGCACAGAGAAACCAAGAAAUGAGCAACCGACCGUGACAGCUGAGAUUUCUGAAGAACCUUCAGCUCCAGAUGAGGACACAAAGCCGAAGGAGAACAGCACCCCACUCCAGGCUGAUGAAAGAAGUCAUGGUGAUUACAGCACAGGGAAACCAAGAAAUGAGCAACCGAACUUGGCAGCUGAGAAGAUUUCCAGAGGGCAUCACACUAGGGAGGAGAAAGAACCAGAAACAACCAGCUCACCAACCCUGGGUGACAGAAGUGACCGAGUAGAUGGACCUGAUAAAGAAAUCCCAGACACUGACAACACAAAUGCUGAGGCUGGAGAGGGAGAUGGAAGCUGUCCAGAGAAGGUUGUAGCUCCUGAGGAAGAAGAGGAGAGAACAUCCUUCCCACAGGCACAGACACGUGUUGAAACAAUUGGUCCUACCAUUCAGGAGGCCGCUGAUGCUGAACCUGCAGUUCCAGUGGUUCAGAGAGCUCUUGGAGGAAAUGGUAUGUACCUGCUAGCAGGUGUACUGGUAUUAGUUGCCAUCCUGAUGUCACCUCUCCUCCAACCCGAGUCUCCACCUCAGAAGGACGACGUGCGGCAAAUAGACAUCUUCCUCAGGCAGCUGGAAAAAGUUAAGACUCAGUUUCCUAACCAGCGUGCUGAGCUCUGGAACAGGAGCAAGAUUCACCUGCUGAGGCACCUCCAGACAGCCCAGCCCACAGAGCCAGUCAGCCUGAUCCUGACUGCAGGCCACAGAGCCGAGAAGACACUGCACUGCCUGGCUCAGAGCCUGGCCUCAGCCUUCUCUUCUGCCCUCAAUGCCUCCGUCCUCCACAUCGAUGGGGCCAGCAAAGCCAGCCAGGACAGCGACCAGGUCAAACUGGACAUCGACAGCAAGUUGCAGGGAGCUUUCGAAGGAGACAAACCUGUGGCUGUCAUUAACCGCUUCGAGGAGCUGCCUCCGGGCUCCACCCUUAUUUUUUACCGCUACUGUGACCAUGAGAAUGCUGCCUACAAGAAAACUUGUCUGAUCUUCACAGUACUGCUGGGGGAGGAGGAGGAGAUUCCUGCCGAGACUCGUUUGAGUACUGUGGAGGAGAUGGUGGAUGACCAUCUUCAGAAGAAGUUCCUCUCUGAUGAAUAUCCAGUAUCUUUUGACAAGAUGGACAUUGACAAGUACGGUGGACUGUGGAGUCGUAUUUCUCACCUCAUCCUGCCUGUGGCAGCAGACGGAAGGAUAGAACAUGAAGGGUGCUCGGGGACAUAAAUAAUCACUGUUGAACUUUUAGCUUAAGCACUAAACUACUGGCUGUCUAUCAGAUUUUUUAUUUGGUGACUUAAGUCAUUCUGGGGCUUGUAGCAGUGGUUUUUAAAGACCCAAAGGUUUCUUACAUACACUGUAAUGAAGCUCUCUGCAUAUGAAGGUAUCAUGUAGAAAUUAGACUUUUAAAGGAACACUUCACCCCUCAUAAGACUAUUUGUACAUCAGAUUCUCCCCUCAAGUUACACUGAAUUUGUGAAGAAAACUUUGCUUUUCUUUCAUGCCUUAUUAGGGAACAGAAUCUAAAACUGGAGAAAAUUCUAGGGCUACAUUAAACAACAGUAAAACUAUAUUAAAACAUCAAUUUGCAAACUCUCA